UCAAAUAUAUGUUUUAAAAUUUUGUAUUGACAAAUUUAAUAAAAUGGAUAAUUUUGAUGAAGAUCCCAGAUUAAAAGAUGCCGAAAGACACUAUCUUGAAUUCCUGGAUGAUCAAGAGGAUCAAGGUAUUUACACUAAUUUAGUGAAAAAUAUGAUAGAUGAAAAAAAAUAUCGAUUGAUCGUUAAUAUUAAUGAUUUACGUAGAAAAAAUCCUGAACGAGCUAUCAGUUUAUUGAACAAUUCAUUUGAGGAAAUUGUACCAUUUCAAAAAGCAUUGAAGCAAUUUGUAUCAAAUAUAGAUACAGAUUGUGCUAAAGGAAAUACUGAAUUUUUUAUUGGCUUUGAAGGUAGUCUUGGUAGUAAGCAUACAACACCAAGAACAUUAACUUCAAGAUUUUUAGGCAAUAUGGUAUGUGUAGAAGGAAUUGUUGUUAGAUGUUCUUUAGUUAGGCCAAAAAUAGUAAGAAGCGUACAUUAUUGUAGUUCUACUAAUAGCGUUAUGGAAAGAGCAUAUAGUGAUUUAACAUCUUUUGAUGCAUUUCCCACAUCAGCUGCUUAUCCUACACAGGAUGAUGAUGGAAAUCCUUUAGAAACUGAAUAUGGUCUUUCUACUUAUAAAGAUUAUCAAACUCUUACUAUUCAAGAGAUGCCGGAGAAAGCUCCUGCCGGACAAUUACCAAGAAGUAUUGAUGUAGUAUGUGACAAUGAUUUAGUAGACCAUUGUAAACCUGGAGAUCGAGUACAAAUUGUUGGAGGCUAUCGUUGCUUGCCUGGAAAAAAAGAGGGUUAUACCACUGGUGCCUUUAGGACUGUUUUAAUUGCCAAUAGUAUAACACAGUUAACUAAGGAAGCUAACUUAAAUAUUUCACAUGAUGAUGUAACAAUGUGUAAAAACCUGUCCAAAAAUAAUCCGCAGAAAAAUAUUUUUGAACUUCUAAGUAAAUCAUUGGCUCCUUCUAUUCAUGGUCAUGAAUACAUAAAGAAAGCAAUUUUAUGUCUUUUAUUAGGUGGAAGUGAAAAAAUUCUUCAAAACAACACAAGACUUAGGGGAGAUAUAAACAUUUUAUUAAUUGGAGAUCCUUCGGUUGCGAAGUCUCAAUUAUUACGAUACGUACUGAGUAUUGCGCCACGUGCUAUUACGACUACGGGGCGAGGUUCAUCCGGUGUUGGUUUAACAGCCGCUGUAGUUUCUGAUGUAGAAAGUGGUGAACGUAGGUUGGAAGCUGGUGCAAUGGUUUUAGCUGACCGUGGCGUUAUUUGUAUUGAUGAAUUUGAUAAAAUGUCAGAUAUUGAUAGGACAGCCAUUCACGAGGUAAUGGAGCAAGGUAGAGUCACGAUCGCCAAAGCAGGAAUUCAUGCUAGUUUAAAUGCUCGAUGUUCUGUAUUAGCAGCUGCAAAUCCUGUUUAUGGACGAUACGAUCAAUAUAAAUCUCCAAUGGAAAAUAUUGGCCUCCAAGAUUCGCUACUUUCUCGAUUUGAUUUACUUUUUGUCAUGCUGGAUACUAUUAAUGCAGAUAAUGAUCAUAUUAUAAGUGAUCACGUUGUGAGAAUGCACAGAUAUCGAAAUCCUUCGGAACAGGAAGGUGAAGCUUUACCGUUUAAUAUUGGAAUAGAUUAUUUAAGUACAAAAAAUCCGGAUGCAGAAGUACUAGAAGAAGAAGAAACACAAGUUUAUGAAACAUAUGAUCCUCUUUUACAUGGAAAGUCUCGUAAGAAAAGUGAUCAAAUUCUUACGGUAAAGUUUAUGAGAAAAUAUAUUCAUAUUGCUCGUUGCAUGAAGCCCAAACUUACUGAAGAGGCUUGUAAAAGUAUUGCAGAUGAAUAUGCACGUCUUAGAUCAGAAGAUAAUAUCGAGUCUGAUGUAGCUAGGACGCAACCAAUUACUGCUCGUACGGUUGAAACAUUAAUACGUCUAUCAACAGCUCAUGCUAAAGCUCGUCUCUCAAAAAAUGUUACUGUCGAAGAUGCACAAGCUGCCAUUGAACUAGUCCAAUAUGCAUAUUUCAAACGAGUAUUAGAAAAAGGAAAGAAGAAGCGCAGAAGAAGUAGUGGUACCAGUAGUGAGGAGGAUGCUGAUUUCGAAUAUAAAAAGCCUAAACGCACCAGGAAACGCAAUCUUGUAGAUGGUGAACCUGGAUAUGAUCCAUAUGCUUAUGAUGAUGAUGACGACGAUGAAUCCCAUAUUGACGAUGCUAUUCAGCGGGUUACUCGUUCUCAGACUAAAGAAAUUGAUACAGAAGAGAAAUCACCUUCCUCGACGCCACAAAUACAGGAAAUUAGUAACGAUAGACUUCAAGUAUUCCGAAAAUCAUUAUUGAAAAUGUUUCAAGAAAAACGAUCUGAUACAUUACCUGUGGAUAAUGUUCACGAUUACAUAAAUUCACAAAAUACACCUUCUUUUUCAUCUGAUGAAAUCCAUGCUGCUCUUUAUAGAAUGUCGGAUGAAAAUAAAAUCAUGGUUGCUGAUAAAAAUAUCUUUUUAAUUUAA